CAAGAAGCUCCAGCUUAUUCCCAGAAACUGGGACUUCAAAGGCCAGUUCCUGUUUCUCCAAAAAAAGUCUAGAAGACAAAGUUUUCACAUACAUAAUAGGAAAUAACAGGAGACGAAGAGGAAAACAGAAAAUGUAUCAUCAACACCAAGGCCAUAGCGAUCUGUUCUCUCCAAGAGCAGCGUUUCCACAAGAUCGGCAUCUGUUUCUGCAAGGCGGAAAUGUUACAGGGGAGUCAGGGCUGGUUCUCUCUACUGAUGCCAAGCCUCGAUUGAAAUGGACUCCUGAGCUCCAUCAGCGUUUCAUAGAAGCAGUAAACCAACUAGGAGGUGCAGAAAAGGCAACUCCCAAGACAGUCAUGAGGCUUAUGGGCAUUCCAGGACUCACCUUAUAUCAUCUAAAAAGCCAUCUUCAGAAGUACAGGCUGAGUAAAAAUCUCCAAGCUCAAGCUAAUAUUGCAACAACAAAAAAUGUUAUAGGAUGUGUAGCAGCAGCUGAUAGAACGCCAGGACAAAGUGGACUGAUAGUGAGCAAUACAAGUGCCACAUGUGAAGCAGAGAAGACCAUGCAGAUAAGCGAAGCACUUCAGAUGCAAAUUGAAGUGCAAAGACAGCUGCAUGAACAACUUGAGGUACAACGACACUUACAGCUCCGGAUUGAGGCCCAGGGAAAGUAUCUACAAGCAGUUCUGGAAAAGGCGCAAGAGACACUUGGCAAGCAGAACUUAACCUCUUCAGGCCUUGAAGCAGCCAAAAUAAAGCUCGCUGAGCAGGUGCCUGAAGUUUCAAAUGAAUUUCUCAAUAACGGAUUUCCAAAUUCAGAAGAAAUUACCAAUAUAAGCAUCCUGGGAGCACAAGCGAUCCAACUUGCUGACUGUUCACGAAGGGAUCUCGUUUAUCAAACAGUGAAGUUUGAGAGAGACACAAAUAUCCUACCGGUGCACCUUAAAGGUCAAACAGAAAAUGGAGGGAACAAAAAUAAUUCUCAGUCAAAACAAAAAGAGAGGGAAAAUGAAAAGUUUUAUCUUGAACAACAGCUAAACUACAAGAGACCAGCAGUCCAACAUAUGGCAGGAAAUGGGUCAAACGAUUUUGGACUCGCAUGUUUUGGUGCACAGCUGGAUCUAAAUGCCCAUGAUAACAAUGACAGUGAUUCGAGUAACAAAGAGUUUGACUUAAAUGGUUUAAGCUGGAGCUGAAAAUUGUAAGCAAGCUGAUUAGCAGAAAAGGAUGAGCAGAACAAAUACUAGCAUUCUCAAGCAUUACAACAUUUUGUUAUAGUAAAAAUGUCAUUCAAACAAGAGCUAAGAAUUCAAAAUUUGACAGAAGCAAAGAAAUCUGUGAGAAUUGGGGGGAUAACAGUAGUUGGUGAUUAGCAUAAAUAAUCAAGCACAAGGUUAAGUAUAUGUGCAUAUGUACAUGAGUAUUGUCAGAAUUAUACAAUAAAAUGCCAUGCUGCAUUGUGGUUGAUUGGAGGUAGUUGAAAAGUAGCUGACUUGAAAAUAUGCUUGUAUGAGAAUACGAUAUUUCAUGUUCUAAGAUUUCAUUUUGCCAACAGAGACUGAAGCUGUCCAUUUCAAUAUAUGGAUAAAUGGGAAAGGAAAAUCUUCAAUACAAUGCCUUAUUCUCUCUCUCUUUUAGUUGGUCAAGCCAAUCAGGUGAGAAUGUGAUAGAAUAAGACUGGAAGGACUCUCAACCAAAUAAGCAAGACAAGAGCCUACGAGGAAAAAAACAGGCGCAUCUGUAAAUCUUUAUUUCCAAUAUCAUCACCGGUUCCUUCAUUAUUGUUCCUGUGAGUACUGCAGAUCAUAAUCUCUCAAUCAGAAAGCUUCCAACUUCUUGUCUGAA